AUGCCCUCCACUCUUCUCACAGCCGCAACCGACAUCUUCGUUAUCGCUGGGGCCGCUGCCGUGGCCGCCGCCGCCCUCAAACCCGCUCCCUUCAGGACCUCUCUCGGCACCGAGCAUGAUGACGAUUCGCUAAUUGCAGCGGAAACCAAUGACGCUGUCAGCACACCAGAACAGCAACAAUCACCUCUUGAGAAACAUGCGGACGACGACAAGAAAGCGCCCACUGUGACCAUCAGUGAAGUAGCUGUCACGCCCGUGGCGGAGAUGCAAGGGGCUUCAAACUUCUCAAAACCAACCUCCGACAUCUUCCCAAUCCCCAACAUCGACCUUGUCCUCAGUUUCAGCGUCUUUGGCCCCAUUCUGGAAAUCUCCGAACUGAACGAACUUCUGACCCGAGCUCAAGAUGACAUCCAGACGCUAAUCAAUCGGCACGGCGCCGACCUCCUUACACCCGAUGAUGAAUUUGAACCGUGGCAAACCGGAGACAUAGCGUUAGAGGUUUACAAGGUCACUACAGACGGGCGUUUGACGCUGGGCCAGUUUCGCAGUUUGAUAGAAGGACUAGGGUUGUACAUGAUCAAGGGGAAGAGAUCUAGGGAAGCGAAGUUUCGGCUGUUGAGGGAGGGAGAGAUUUCGUUGACGAGCUUGGCUGGGGGGGAUAUUUGGUUGAUUGGACCUGUGGCUGUAGGAGAUACCGACCAGCCAUAUCGGCCUGCUGUCGCCACACACCUGCCAGUAGAGAACUAG